AGUAGCGCUUGCGACUAUACUCAUGGACUGGGGCCGCAAACUGCGGGAGCAGUAUGCAAUCUCUGUUCGGCCGGAGUGGCUCGACCGCGUGCUGGAACAGCUCCGCGCGGCGCACCCAGACCUGGCAACUUGGCCGGAAGCACAAGUGGUUGAGAAGAUAUUCACGGCCUUCCUCUUCUGCGACUUAAACCAAGCUGGCGAGCCAGCCCUGCCUCCAAACACCAAGGAGUUGCACAAGGAAGUGCUUAACGGGCGGUUUGUGCUGCAGCUAGACGAAGUGGUGAACAUGGCGGCAGCAGCCCGCGAGCGAUACACGCCCCAGGCGGGGAACCGCAGCCUCAAGCUGGCGCUUACAGAUGGCUGUCAGCAGGUGGUGGGUGUGGAGCACGCGCACCUUCCCGCUAUCACCUGGGACUGCCCCGCAGGCAGCAAGGUGGUGGUUCACAAUGUGCCGGUGCGGCGCGGGCUGCUGCUGCUGGGCCCCGACAACACAGCGCUGCUGGGAGGACAGGUGGAGCGGCUGGAGGUGGCGCGGCAGCGGGCGGUGGCGGCGUGGAACAAGCCCGUGGUGGGGCGGCCGGCCGGCUCGGGGCCCCGGGACAUAUUCGGGGAGGCCCGGCAGGCGGCCUGGGCGCCCGGCGGGGCGCCCACACUGCCGGCUACAGCGGCUGUAGCUGCCGGCAGCGGCGGCGGGGGCGGUCCUCCGCAGCAACAGCAGCCACAGCCGCGCGGGACGGUGGGGGCAGGGGCGCCAGCAGGGGCGGGGCUGGGGAUCGGGGUGCUGCCGUGGGCGCCUGUGGCCGGCGGGCCGGCUGCAGCGGCGCCCGCUGGGCCGGUGAUGGGUGCGCCGAGGCAGCAGGCCCCUGCAUACCCGCCACAGGGGGCAAACCAGCAGCAGCAGCAACAGCAACAGCAACAGCAACAGCAACAGCAACAGCAACAGCAGCAGCAGCAGCAGCUUCACGGACACGGCUGGCAAGCUGGCCCACAGGGACCACCCCAGCAGCAGCCCCAACACCCGCCUCUGCACCAGGCGGCGGCACUGCACCCACACCAGCACCCGCAGCAGUACCCCACGCAGCACCCGCAGCAGCACCCGCAGCAGCACCCGCAGCAGCACCCGCAGCAGUACCCCACGCAGCCACGAGUCGGCGGCGCCGCCGGCCUCGGGCCUCCGCCCGGCGGGGGUCCGCCUGCUGGCGGGCCGCAACCGGCACCGGUCAGCGGCUCCAACUGGGGUGCGUCAGCCGUGGGCGCGCAAGCGGGUGCGGCGGUGGGCAACGGGCACGCUGACACCGGCGCCCGUGCAGGGCCAAGCGCGGGGCCGGGUGGCCGUGGCGGUGGUGCUGGUGCCGUUGCUGGCGCUGGUGCGGGUAGUGGUGCAGGUGCUGGGGGCAGUGGGCGGGUGGCCCGGUCGCCACCAGUGGUGGUAAUCACAAGCAGCGACUCGGGCGGCUCAGAUGGCAGUUCGGCCGGGGCGGAGGAGGAGCAGGAGGAGCGGGGAGGGUUGGAGCCUACGCCGGCAGGACCUCAGUCCGCAGCCUUGCAGGGCCGGCAACAACAGCAGCAGCAGCAAUACGUGCAGCAUCAGGAGCAGCCACAGAAUAGACAGCCGCAGCGAUUGCAGGCAGCAGGGUUAGCGUCGAUAGGGCUGGCCCCAGCAGGGUUGGCGGCAGCAGGCGUCCACACCAUCACCACUCCCGCUUCCAGCCUGCUGGGCGGCUCGUUGCGUAGGACCGCCGGCUUGGGCUUGGGCUUAGGCGUCGGCCUCGGUGUCGGUGCAGCGGCUGCCGCACAAGGGCCACCGCCGCCGCAAGCGCAGGGCGCUAGCAUUACAGCGGCGGCGGUGGCGGCCGCUGGUAUAUCAUCUUGUGGCCUGUUGCCGCCCGGUCCGCGCGGCACGACCAGGGACGGAGCAGGGGCCCAUGGUGGCGGGGGAGGGGGUCUGGCGGCCUCUGCUGCCGGAGGCAAUGGUGGCGGGCGCUGCGUCGUUGGCGCCCCUGCCAUGUCUGACGGGGCCGCGCGAAGGGUGCCGCUGAUGCUAGCUCGCAGCAGUCCCCUGGAGCCGGCGGCAGGGCCGCGUGCAGGGCCGGCGCCAGGGGCCGCGCCGUUGGGGUGGGGUGGCGCAGGCGGCAGCGCAGGUGGCGGUGCAGGCGUGAAACGGGAACCGCAGUCGCAGCAGCUGCUGCAGACGGGGCCGGCUGGUGAGGUAGAUAUGGUGGACCUUGCAUCGCUUGACGACGACGACGAGGAGGAGGAGGUGGUGGAGGAGGUGGAGGCAGGGGCUGGGUUCAGCAGAAGUGCUGGCGACCACCACCAGCAGCAGCAGCAGCAUGGGCACGAGGAGCAGGAGCCCGAGGAGCAGCAGCAGGAGCCAGAGAUCUGGGAGCCAGGAGGAGACUUCACGCCGCCGACAAGGAGCGGGGGGCCGGCGCCGGCUCUGAGAUCCGUAGCAGCAGGGUCGGCGGCGCAGGGGCCGGUGCAUGCAGCCGUGCCGCUGGCGCGACACCAACAGCACCAACAGCACCAACAGCAGCAGCAGGGCGUGAAAACCAGGCUGUCCUUACCACUGGACCCUCCCGGAGGAGACGAGAAGCGGCAGAGGCUGUCGCCGCUGCAAGGUCAGUCCCGUGCGCAGCCGCACGCCCAAAGCCUGCCAGUGGACGUUGUGCCGGAGACCCAAAUGGAUCAGGAACCAGAACCUGAGGACGCAGCUGGGUGCGAUCCGGAUUUAGCAGAUCCAGAUCAAGGAGGCGACGGGCGCGCAGAUCCCGGCGGCCCAGAGCCGGGUGACGCCGAGGCGCCCGAGGAGGCGGAGGGCAUGGCGUUUGAGGGUGAAGGCGGCGUCUGGUACGGCGGUGGCGGUGACGAGGGCGAGGGCGAGGCCGGGGAAGAUGGCGGUGAGGAGUUCGGGUUCGUGGGGCACGCGCGGAGCGCGCAGCAGCAGCUGCAGCGGCAGCCGCAGCCGCAGCCGCAGCAACAAGAUGAAGGGGAGCUGGCGGGUGCGGGGCCGCCGGGUGGGCAGCAGCCAGGGCUGUGGGGCCAGCUCCAGGGGGGCCUGGGCGAGGACGGCUUGGCCCUGGCGGCACUCGCGUUGCAGGACCGGGAGCAAGGCCGGGACCGAGACCGGGACCUUAAUGGCCAGCAGCAGCACCGCGAGCAUCACCACCCGCGCGACCAGCGCCAGCAGCACCACGCGGCGUGUGCUGGCGCCGGCCAGGGGGCUAGCAGCGGCGCAGCUGGUGGCGCGGCCGGCGCGCCUGGGACUGCUGCUGUGGUGGCCGCCGAUGUGGACGCGGCGGCGGCAGCGGCGGAUGCCGUGCUGGGUGAUGGCGGCGGUGGUGACGAGGGCGGUGUGGACGACCACUACGCUGGCGCCGUACUGCUGUGUCAGCUGCCCGACUUGCUGUCUGACCCCGAGCUGCCCUACCCGCUGCGUGUGGACAGCUACGCCGUUAUCCAGGAGGUGGAUGUGGACGUGGCGCUGGUGGACGACGGCACCGCCACACUGAAAGCGCGGCUCACGGACGGAGCGCUGGAGCCGGUGCUGGGCCACGCGCCGCCGCCGCCGCCGGGGCCGCACGCGGACGCCGCGGCGGCUGAGGGGGGCUUGCGGCUGGAUCACGUGCUGGCCAUGGCGGAAGAUCAGGAUCCAGAUGCCGCGGCGUACGGCACAAUGAUGGGCGAGCGCAUGUGCGACUUCGUGCGGGACUUUGCGGGCGUCAUCCGGCUCGAGUACGGCGCGCCGCCGCCGGCGCUGCCGCGGAUCGUGUGGCUGCAGGAUGACGUCGCGGGGCCGGGGCAGGGGCCGGUGGCGGCCGGGGGCGAUGCGGGCGGCAGCAGCUGUGGCGGGGGUGGGGGAACGGGGGCUGGGGAGGGUGCAGGGGCGGGGGCGGGGGCGGGGGCGGGGGCGGGGGCGGGGGCGGGGGCGGGGGACGGCGGGUGUUUGGUGUAUGAGGCGCACCUGGCGGGCGUGUUUGCUGUGGUGAACCACCAUGCGGAAAUGGAUGCGGGCGCAGGUGCAGAGGAGGGGCAGGGGUAGGGGCAGGAGACAGGGCAGGGAAGCUAUAGACAAUGAAUGAUCGGUGAACUGUGCUUUGGUGUUUGCAUGCGACUUCGCAAAGACGGGGACAGCCUUGGCCAGGGAAUUGAGUGGAUGGGUCCUUCAGUAUGGACGACUGGUUAAACUGGUGCUCAAGUUUUCUUGCUGAGCCCCCCGAGCGAAGCGAUCCAGGGGGGGCGAAGCCCCCCAGGAUUGCCCCUGUCCGUGCCUGCCUGCCUGCCUGCCUGCGUUGACAAAAAGUGCCAAACUGGCACAAACCGCGAGCGCUACGUAAUAUUACUUGCUAUUCCCUGUGGAGGGGCUCAGCCCCUUUUCCCGUGACCGGGGAACACUUGUCUUGCUGCUCGGUUCGCAAACAGGGGACAGCCUAGCAUGACUGCGGUCAUGGGUCAUGAAGCCGUGAGAGGGGCGGAGCCUGCCUGCGUGCGACUGGUGUCUGUGGCAGGGGCCGGUGGUAGGGCUGGCCGGCAGACGCGAAGUGACGCGCGGGAUGCACGCUGUGCACCGUAGGGUGCUCGCGGGCGGUGGCUUCGGGUAAUGUAGUGGCGGACGGACACCAUGGUGUGUGCAGGACUACAAGUGCUGGCCACAGCGCUCCGCGUUGUACUACGCUGUUUACGGUAUCCUGCGUGUGUGCUUGCUGGCCGUUUCAAGGCGUGACUGUUUCCCCCGUGCUGUUGCUGUCGUCCAUCUUUCCAUCCGCCGCACCAA